AUGAUUGCAAAUGACGGUGAUGCGUCUAUGAGCCAAUCGUCGAAUGCGAGGUCUGAUAGUACAGGUCGUACUUCAAUGAUAGUCGCUCGGGCCCGUAACGUACCCCUACAUGACCGAUGCAGUAUGUCAGACAUGGCACAUCUGAAGGCAAUAUUCGAUUCAGCUUAUAGAAACAAGUUGCUAGCCAAUGAAUUCAGAACUGUACUCAGAACCUUGUUGAAUGUCGAAUAUGAUGAUGAAGAAUUCAAAAUAUUAUUUUUGAAAAUUAAUACAAGUCGCACGGGCGAAUUGGACUGGGACGAGCUGGUGUCGCACCUGAUCCUGGGCUACUUCGGUAACGAUGCGGAGAACCAGCGGGAAGCACUCCAGCCUCCUAUCAUGGGCCUACCGGUUAUCCUGCGCUCGCAACACAGACAUCCAAUUUCGAGGAUAUGCUUUUGUCCAGAUGUUGCCAAGGAUCGAAGCACAGAUCCAAUGCAGGGUACGUACAUAACGGCGAGCCGCGACGGCAUGAUCAACUGGUGGUCGCUCGACAUGGUUCUGUUGAGGACUGGCUACUCCACCAGCCCUCACCUGAAGGUGCGCACGACGUGGGUGACGGACAUGGUGUGCAUGCCGGACGUGAACAUCAUCGUCACCAGCUCCACGGAGCGCGACCUGCGCUUCUACGACUGCACUGCCAAAACGUUUAUCUUGAAGAUCAUCAUUACCAGCUGGGAGUAUAUGAUCUGCACGAUGUUCUAUUACUUCAACAAGGACGACAUCGACCAGUGCAAGUUGAUAUGUGGAGACGCGGCCGGCAACGUGCGAGUUCUGCUGUUCUCGGCCAGAAUGCGCGGACCCUUUCGGAACGACGCUGGUCGGGCUUUGAAAAUUUUACGACACGUUGACCUUCAAAAAAGGCCACACAUGCUGCCGGAGCUGCGCGUGGUGGACCUGGUACACCUGCACCCGGAGUGGGUGCGCCAGGUGUCGUACUACGCGUCGCUGCACUGCGUGGUCUCAUGUGCUACCUGCCCCGACUCACUGCUCAUGUGCGACCUGGAGGGCUCCAAGACGCAUUACAUGUUCAGAGUUGAAAAGGGUAUACAAUGUUUCGCGUUUGAAGAAGAGACGCACGUGCUGGUGACAGGCGGUCCUGACUGCGUGGUCCGCGUGUGGAACCCCUUCGUGCCCUCUAAGGCCAGCGUGACCUUCAUCGGCCACCACGCUGCUAUCACCUGCUUAGUGCUGCAAGAGAAAGGACGUACUGUCUACUCUUUAUCCAGAGAUAGGACUAUUAAAGUUUGGGACGUACAAAGCCAAGUAUGCCGACAGACGUACAUCGACAUCCCGUCAGUCCUGGGCGAGCGCACGCCUAUAUCCGCGGUGUACAACCCAGCCACGCGCGAGUUCAUCCUCGCAGCCAUCAAGAUAGCCAUCGUGGUGCUGGACGAGCAGCUCAACCCGCUGCACACGGACGGGUACACGCACUCGCGAGCCGUCGCACUCGUUCUUUAUAACCCGUUGUUCAAAGUCAUUAUUACUUGUGGCACGGACAGUAUCAUCAUUAAUUGGAAUCCGGUAACAGGUAAACGCAACGUAUUAAUACGUGACGCACAUACGCGCCUUCUGCACGGCGAGCUGAUCCCGGUGGAGAUCACCGCCUCCUGCUUCGACCCUGGCUACCAGCUGAUGUUGACUGGUGCCAGGAGUGGUGAGCUCAAGGUGUGGAAUUUCAACACGGGCGUGUGCAUGAGAACGAUGUCUAUCGCAUACAUGUGUGAAGUUACCAACUGUUUUUGGGUGGAGGGCAGAAUCCUAGCGAUUGGGUGGAACCGCCAUGUGGUGGAGUUUGAGGACUCGGGCAUGUCGGUGCAUGGCAAGAGUUGGGAGACUCGUCACACAGACGACGUCCUGGCGGCGGCGGUGCGGCCGCCGCUCACGCUGGCCACGGCCAGCUACAACUCUGAGCUCGUGCUGUGGAAGCUGGAGACCGGCCAGCCUUACAGACGGUUCUCGUGUACGGAGCCGACGCUACGCAUCAAGAUGCACUUCGGCAAGCGGGAGGCGCCCAAGCCCGCGACUCCUGCCAUGAGCCCCAGAAAAUCAAUCACGCCUUCAUUCCGGAAACCUACUACGGGAGCAUCUCGCGAGGGCGUGGAUCCGUCGGCGGCCAUCAAGAAGGCGACGGCGCGGCGCGUGUCUACCGUGUCGAUGCCGACGCGCGCGCAGAACAUGCGGCACCUGGCCGUGCACGCCAUGAUCUUCCUGCACACGCGGCCGCAGCAAACACACGUCGCUUCCCUCCUACUCGCGCUGGAGAACGGCACAGUGCAGUGCUGGUCAGAUCACUCGGCGGGUGGAUACCAAGGCUCAUUCCAGGUUAUUCACAUGGCGGGCGACUACGCGGCGUGCUUGGCAACUGACAACAAUAAUGAGUUCCUUUUUACUGGUACCACACAAGGAUACCUUAAAGUAUGGCUUCUAAGUAACUACCUCAUCAACGAUACGGUACAUGUAAACAUGCCCCGGCUGCGCCUGAUGUUCCCGUUCCUGUGGCGUGACCGCAUCGAGGGUCGCGCCAAGCGCAGCACUCGCGACCAGCCGAAGCCACUCUUACUGAACAGCUACCGUGCACAUCUGCGAUGUGUUUCGUCGAUAGCUUAUAUUGAUGAACUCAAACUGGUGUUCACUGGCAGUUCAGACUACAGCGUUCGACUGUGGCGUUUGUCCGGUGAAUACCUGCAGACGCUGGGAAGCUUCCUGCCGUGGACUCUAGAGGUGACUCGCUUCCCCCCAGACGUGCAGAAAGUCGCCAGCUCCACAACGUUCAAGGUGUGGCGCGGCGGGUACGUGUCGCGCUACGUGCCGGGGCAGAAGGAGGUGGACAAGCUGCGCGACAUCACCGACCACGAGCUCAAGCACAAGACGUACGGCGCCUCGCCUGCAGAGCCGCUGCUCGGACAAUACUACGCGCUGCCAGCGCGUCCGGAGCGGCAAGAUCCAAUCACGCUUGAUGAUUCAUUACCUACGAUCCCUCUAUAUUCACACCUGCGUAUGGCGUCGUUGCAACCGGUGCGGCGACCGCCCUCUCCUGAGCUGGUGUGCGAGACUCGGCUCAAACGCGGCAAACCUGGUCCCAGGAAGUCGCACUUAAACUUUCCGGUGGAGCCGCAGACACAAAGGCACAGCGACUCGCUGAGCCACAGACAGUCUGACGAGCACACCCAGCGACGGCCCAACGCUAAGAUCGACGCAAAGACUGAUGCCAAGAUCGACACCAAGACCGGCACCAAGACCGGCACCAAGACCGGCACCAAGACCGACACCAAGACCGACACCAAGACCGACACCAAGACCGACACAAAGACCGAUGCUGAGGCCGACGCGAAGACUGACGCAAAGACUACACGAGAGCCUCUCUCGAAAAAGUAA